AUGCAGGCUCUAAAUAAUGGUGUGCAGCUAUUUAGGCGGGCGGGCAAAGUCAAUGAGCAUUUUCUUUUCGCCGCUAUGAUUUCCGACAAUCGAACUGUGCUGUUUGUUAUCGAAUUUCCGGCCAAUAUUAUCACCUUCUUCGAUUCGCAUCAGCAUGGACGCGACGCAGGUGCGGUGGUAGCGCAAUGCAGCUUUCGCGACUUGUUCGAUAUGAUGAACUGGUUUGUGAAUAUGAAUAACGAGGUUUACUCCAGUCAACCGAGUAUAUAUGAAGUGUCAUUUCUUCUACCCGAUCCAUCUGGACUGCCCACGCCCGAGAAGUCGGACAAAAGCGAAAUAUCCCACCACGUGAAAAGUGCAACGCCGGCGAAGAAAAUGCAAAAGAAAUGAAGUUGCGCAUAGAGGUGAUUAGCAUCAAACAUCGUU